AUGAAGAUCCAUCACCUGAUCAAGAUUUCUCAGUAUUUGCUCCUUUUGUUGUGCGUAUUGGGUGAUAUUGGACUUACUGCAAGCACUGGUAUGAAAGUGAAACUAAUAUGCAUUGAGGAAGAAAGGCAAGCACUUGUGAGCUUCAAACAAGAUCUUACUGAUCCGUCUGGUAGGCUUUCUUCUUGGGCGGGUCAGGAUUGCUGCCGCUGGAAAGGGAUUUCAUGCAACAAUCAAACCGGUCAUGUUGUCAAGAUGGAUCUCCAGAAUACAUAUUUCGAUUCCAUGGAUUAUGAAGAGUAUUGUUUGGGGGGUAAGAUAAAUUCUUCUUUGCUUAGCUUGAAACACUUGUAUUACCUGGACUUAAGUUGGAAUAAUUUUGAAGGGAUCCGUAUUCCUAACUUCUUUGGAGAGCUUAAAACUUUGAGGUAUCUCAAUAUCUCCUUUGCAGAGUUUGCAGGAGAGAUUCCCCCUUCUCUUGGUAACUUAUCAAACUUGAAUUAUCUUGAUGUCCGUCCUUUUUCACUCAAAAUGUAUUCCAAAAACUUGAAUUGGCUUUCUCAUCUCUCUUCCCUAAAAUACCUCAAUCUCGAUGGACUGGAUCAUAAUAGCAGCACAGGUUGGCUGCAUGUUGUUAACAUACUUCCUUCCUUACUGGAGUUACAUUUAUGUGAUUGCAGAAUAGAAAGCCUUCCACUAUCACUACAUAGAAUUAACUUCACCUCACUUUUGGUUCUUGAUCUGUCAUUUAAUGAUUUCAAUAUUUCUUCAUUUCCCAGCUGGCUUUUCAAUCUUACUAGCCUCAGAAAACUUGUUCUAAGAGAGAAUUCUUUCAGUUGUCAGAUUCCAGAUAAACUUGCAAGCCUCAAAUCUCUUGAAUACCUAGAUUUAUCUGAUUUGGGUCUCAAAGGUAGUGGAGUUCCCAGAGUCCUUGGAAACUUGUGUAAACUAAAGACAUUAGGUCUUAGGGGGAACAAUUUUGAUAGUGGGGGGAUUGAAGAGUUUUGGGAGAGUUUGUCAAAUUGUACAAAUAAUACACUAGUAUUAGAGUCACUAGAUUUGUCUAACUGUGGGCUGAAAGGCCAAUUGCCACCCUCCUUAGGAAUGUUAAACAGUUUGCAAUAUUUGGACCUCUCUAAUAAUCACAUGAACGAGUCCAUUCCUCAAAGUCUAGGACAACUCUCCCAGCUAGUUGAACUCGAUUUGUCUUUGAAUUCUUGGGAUGACAUUCUAACGGAAGCCCAUUUCAUAAGUCUCACCAAAUUGAAACGUCUUUCAAUACUCAAUUAUAUCGAGAAGCCCAUGUCCCUUGUUUUCAACAUGUCUUAUGAUUGGGUUCCUCCUUUCAAGCUCCACAAAAUUGAGAUUAGAAACUGUAAAGUAGGUCCUCAUUUUGGGGUAUGGCUUCAAUCUCAGACUGAACUGGCACAUGUCACCCUUAGUAGAACUGGAAUAUCAGAUUCUAUACCCAAGGAAUGGUUGUUGAAGCUAUCUUCCCAACUUGAAUACCUGGAUUUGUCUUACAACCAAUUCCAAGGAAGGCUUUUAUCCCAAAAAUUGAUGAGAUUUCCGAGUCUAAUUUCUAUGAUUUUGGAUCAUAAUCAAUUUGAGGGCCCACUUUCACUUUGGUCCACUAAUGCCACUUCCUUUGAUCUCGAAAGCAAUUUAUUUUCCGGGCCCACUCCCAACUUGCUAGAAUUGUAUCUUUCAGAGAAUCAUUUCAAUGGUACUAUUCCACCUUCUAUUUGCAACAUGCAAUACUUGCAAGUCCUUUCCUUGAGGAGCAAUCAUUUUUCUGGAGAAUUCCCUCAUGCAUGGAGUUCGGGGAGCCAGAUAACCAUAGUAGAUGCUGCCUACAACAAUCUCUCUGGUAAUAUUCCUAGUUCAUUGGGGGAAUUAAGUAAUCUUCAAAUAUUGAAGCUGAACAACAACAAUUUUGGCAGUAAGAUUCCUGAUUCUUUGCAAAAUUGCUAUGUUUUAAAAAGUAUCGAUCUUGGAGGCAACAAAUUAUCUGGGAGCAUACCUCCGUGGAUAGGAAGAUCAAAUGUAUCCAUGUUGUACAUGCUACGAUUGCGAUCCAACUUUUUUAGCGGACAUAUUCUCCGACAAUUGUGCAAUCUUGGCUACCUUCACAUCCUCGACCUUAGCCACAACAAUUUUUCAGGUACUAUUCCCAGCUGUUUCAAUAAUUUGACUUCUCUUGUUCGUGAUGAUUCCAAUAAAUCACAUCGAAUCUAUAAUGAGCAAACCAUGCUGACAUUAAAAGGAGAAGAACUUGUGUAUAACACCACUAUAAUGUUAGUAAAGAGCAUUGAUCUUUCAUCAAAUAAUAUAGAAGGUGAAAUCCCACAAGAGAUAGGUAGCCUCACUUUAUUAGGUACCUUGAACUUGUCGAGAAAUCAAUUGACUGGUAACAUCCCCUCGAUUGUUGGAAAUAUGCAUGGGCUCGAAACUCUUGAUCUUUCAAACAACCGUCUUUCAGGACAGAUUCCUCAAACGCUUGCAUCUUUAACAUUCUUGGCGCACUUGAAUUUGGCAUAUAACAACUUGGUGGGGAGAAUUCCUUUGGGCAGCCAACUUCAAACGUUCACUGAUCCGUCCAUUUAUAUGGGCAAUCCAUCAUUGUGUGGGGUUCCUCUUCCAACAAAAUGCCCUGGAGAUGACACUUUUACUGCUACAGAUGCAAAACCCAGUAAUGAAGAUGGAAGUGAUAAGUUGUGGUUUUAUGUCAGCAUGGUACUUGGCUUUGUCAUGGGCUUUUGGGGCAUUUGUGGUACAUUAUUCGUAAAGAAAUCAUGGAGGUAUGCUUAUUUUCGAUUUUUUGACGACAUCAAAGAUAAGAUAACACUGGCAAUUGUGUUGAAAGUGGCUCGUUUGCAAAGAAAGUUUUCUCGUGUUUAG